AGUAAAAUCAUUUAUUAUAGGCUGGUAAACCUGCAAUCUGUGCCACUCAAAUGUUGGAGUCUAUGAUUAAAAAACCUCGUGCUACCAGAGCUGAAUCGUCUGAUGUAGCUAAUGCUAUUUUAGAUGGAGCUGACUGUGUUAUGUUAUCAGGAGAAACUGCUAAAGGUGAAUAUCCUUUAGAAUGUGUGCGUACUAUGGCUACUAUUUGCAAGGAAGCUGAAACUGCUGUUUGGCAAAAACAGUUAUUUGCUGAUCUCUCAUCUGCAGUCACCUUACCAUUAGAUUCUUCGCACACUACUGCAAUUGCUGCUGUAGAUGCUGCUAACAAAUGUAAAGCAGUUGCUAUCAUAGUUCUCACAACAUCUGGUCACUCUGCUCAUCUACUUUCCAAAUAUCGACCUCGUAGUCCUAUCGUAGCUAUUACUAGAAAUGCCCAAGUAGCUCGUCAAUGUCAUGUUUACCGUGGUAUUUUGCCAUUGUAUUAUAGUGAACCAGCAUCAUCUGAUUGGUUAAAAGACAUUGAUAAUCGUGUUGUUCAUGGAAUUCAGUUUGGUAAGGCUCGUGGUUUCCUUCAAUCUGGUGAUCCGAUUGUUAUUGUCACUGGAUGGAAAAAGGGAUCUGGCUAUACCAACACCAUACGUAUUGUUAACGUGGAAUGAGGUGUCCAAUAAUGAGUGAUAUACCGCAAUAAAAAAAAAUAAAUAAAACAAUGAUCUAUUUAGAAGAUCCCAGAUAAAUUUGUCUUAUAAUUUGUGCAAUAAAUAUUGUACUUUAGUAUACUAUUAUUGUGUUUUAAAAACAGUAAGUUAUAAAUUAUUACUUUGUAUUCCUUGUUAUUCAUAAAAAAUAAAUAAAUUUUAGGAUUGUGA